UUGCCGGAAAUGCUUCUCCGAAACUAAACCCCAUCCCGCCCGCCGAAUUCAGGACGAAGGCCCGGCCAGUACGGGCUUCCCCGGACAGCCGGAGGCGCCCCACUCAGGCCCUCCCAUAGGCGGCGAGCACCCCGGCCGGACAGCCCUUCGCAUCCGACUCAUUACCAGAAGCGCCACUCACAGUCUCGCCGGUGCGCCGGCGCGCACGCGCACCUGUUUGCCGACCCGGAAGCGGCUGACCGGAAAGAAGGUCAAAUCGGCUCCUGAGGGCUUUUAACUUGCUCAUUUCUGUGUCAGAACCUCAGUCCCCAGGCAUACACCCCUGAGGUGUGGGGUGUCCACGCACAUUCGAGUCCCUUCACCCGCGCCUCCCACCGCGGAUUGACGUCUCAAGACCCAUCUUGCCUGGGAGAGAAGCCCAGAAGAGGGAAAAGAAGAAAGCCCAGGAGUCAGGAAUGACUCUUUCUCAGGAACAGUUGACCUUCAGGGAUGUGGCCAUCGAAUUCUCUCGGGAGGAGUGGGAGUGCCUGGACCCUGCCCAGAGGGCCUUGUACAGGGACGUGAUGGUGGAGAACUACAGGAACCUGGUCUCCCUGGAUAUCUCUACUAGAUGUAUGAACAAAGAAUUACCACCAAAAGACAACAUUAAUAAUGGAGAAUUAUUCCAAACGUUGAUUUUGAAAAGAUGCAUAAGUCAUGACUUUGACUUCGGUUUGAGGGUUCAGCAAGAUGGGAACAAAUUUGAGACUCAGUGGCUAUGUGAAGAAAAAAAUUGCAAAGGAAUAACUACAUCCCAUUAUAAAAAUCUCACUUGUAGAGAAGACCAACAACAUCACAAGUUCUGUAAUGAUUUUCCUGUAAAGCAUAGUGUUUCCGUAAGAAAUAGUAAAUCUCAAUACUACAAACAUGAUACGUCGAAUAACGCACUGAAAAACAAGGCAGGCUCUUCAGGAAAUAAGUAUAGGAACUGUUUGGACAAUAGGCUUGGUUUAAGCUUUCAUUCACAUCUGGCUGAAGUGCAGAGAUGUGAAACCCAAGAGGAAAUUCAUGAAAGUAACCAAGUUGAGAAGUCUACCAAAAAGUCCUCAGUUUCACCCCUUCCAAAAAUGCCUUCUAGUGUCAAAACCAACAUUUCUAACAAGUAUGGGAAGGUUCUUACACAUUCUUCAUUACAGACACAACAUCAGAAAACACCCAAAAGAGAAAAACCUUACAAAUGUAAAGAGUGUGGGAAGACUUUUAGCCAUUGUUCAACCUUAGCUACUCAUCAAAGAAUUCAUUCUGAGCAGAAACCUUACAAAUGUAAUGAUUGUGGCAAAGUCUUUAACAGGUUCUCAAACCUCACAAGGCAUCAGAGAAUCCAUACUGGAGAGAAACCAUAUAAAUGUAACGUAUGUGGUAAGGAUUUUAUGAUACGUUCACACCUUUGGGGACAUGAGCGAAUUCAUACAGGAGAGAAGCCUUACAAAUGUGAUGAGUGUGGAAAAGCCUUUUCUGAGUGUUCAAAUCUUGUUCAACAUAAAAGAAUCCAUUCUGGAGAGAAACCUUACAAAUGUAAUCAGUGUGGUAAGGAAUUUAUCACCCGUUCACAUCUUUGGGGUCAUGAGAGAACUCACACUGGAGAGAAACCUUAUAAAUGUAAUGAGUGUGGAAAGGCCUUCUCUGGAAGUUCAAAUCUUACUCAACAUAAGAGAAUUCAUGCUGGAGAGAAACCAUAUAAAUGUAACGUGUGUGACAAGGCCUUUAGUCAGAAUUCAAGCCUUACAGUUCAUCAGAGAAUUCAUACUGGGGAGAAACCUUACACAUGUCAUGAAUGUGGUAAAGCCUUCAAGCAGUACUCAAGCCUGAGUAGACACCAGAAUAUACACAGAAUGAAGAUAUAGAUGUAGAGCCUGUAGUAAGGCUUUUAUUAAAUGAUCUCAUAUUUGGAGUCAUAAGGGAAUGCAUAUUGCAAAGAAACUUUACAAAAGAAUGGCAUGGCCUUCGUGCCAUGAUUUGACCUCAGGAAUCACCAAAGAGUUCAUGUUGGAGAAAACCCUAGAAAUAAAACUUGUGGUGAAUUGCUUAAGUAAGUUGUACAAUGUACUGUACUUGAGAGAAUUCUUACUAGUGAGAACUAAGUUUAGUUCUUGAAGAUUAAUCAAAUCACAUGUCAAACUCUGCAGGAAAAUUAGAAGUCAAAGUGAUUUAAAAUUCCUGAGACAAUGGGUAUCAAAGGAGCAGGGGCAUCUAUGGAAAUGCCCACUUAAUCAUCAGUUUAUAUAGUCAUUUUACUCAUUUAGAUGUUGUGAUGAGGUUUACUUUAUUAUUGAAUUUGGAUCUGUGGUAGAAAAUCUGUUAAUGAUGUUAUGUCUUCAUCAUAGACCUUCCAUGUGUUGCCACAAUGGUGUCUGUGAUGGAACUUCUUGUUUUGGUCCUAAUGUGAAUGAUGGUUUAUUUUUAAUUUUCAAGUCAUUUGUUCCUUGCUGGUAUGUAGGAAGAUAGUUAACUUUUGUACUGUGAUCUUGUACCCCACAGCCUUGGUGUUAUUGCACAUUAGUAUUUUAUCUACCAUACUUUUGUGCAUCGUAUGAGGUGGUUUGGAAGUUCUGGUGACAGGUGCCACUCUAUCUUGUUUCUGGCAUCAAGACACAGGACUCUCUGUUACCAUACUAAUACCGAUUGAAUCUUGCAGUCAUUUAAGUCCAGCUUGGUCAUGGUGCAGGUUCUGGAUGUAUUGUGUUGGCAAUCAGAGUAUCCAGUUUGUUAAAGGUCUCAGAAGCUUUAUGUGUUAUUGGUAUUGGCAUAUAAAAGAAAUCUUUGCACAUAAAUGGAAACUGGUCAUAGCCAAAAUUAUAAACAUACCAGUAAUCUAAAACAUGAGUACAAGUUAUGAAAACACCUAAGUGUAGAUCUAGAUUAUUAUUUUUAUUUUUUUUUUUGAUCUAGGUUAUUGUAAGAACAUAGCCAUCCAGCUUUUUCGGUAUCUCAUAAUGGUUUAAUCAUGUGCUUUGUUACCUCCCCAGUAAGUUUAAGUCCCCAGACUGCUGCUAAACAAGGAGUGAAGUUAGUGAAAUCACUCAACCCUGUGUGCCUAAGGUCUCCUCCUUAGAAUGAAAGUGGUAGUAGUCCCAUCCCUGAUUUUUGAUGAAUGAAGACUUUAAGUGCCUUGACAGCAGAGAUUCUUACAUUGUGAGUGUUUUUUAGAAUUGCCCAUUCAACUCUCAGAAGGCUCUUAAUGAAGCUAAAAUUAAAUAUUUUUUUUCUUAAAGGUUUUAUUUAUUUGCAAGAGAGAAAGAUAGAGUGAGCAUGAAGAGGGG